AUGGAGGACUCAAACAAUUAUGGGCAUCGACAUCCACUUGUAUUAUUGAAUGAAGACCAGCUGAUCAGCAGUCCAAGUGGAGUAGUAGCUGUCUGCUCCAGCUGUCGGGAGAAGGUGUCUGCUCCAUGUUUUCGCUGUGCCGAGGACUGUGGGUCUUACCUUCACAAGUGGGGUUUAUGCGAUUUCUGUUAUAAAAGAAGUGAGAAACCCAGUUAUCAUUGCUCUUGUAGUUUGGACUUGCAUAUUAAAUGUGCUUGGUUUACAUUUAAUAUUUCUCAAAAUAAUUUGAAAGAGCUUCAGCAUGUUGCCCUUGAAGAUCCUUUGAUUUCCACUAAAAAAGAUGAUGAACAACUUGAUGAUGUUCCUAUGUGCUUUGGGUGUUGGGAACCAUUAGCAAAUUAUACGUACUUCUCUCCUGAUUGUGGAUUUAAUUUACACAAGAAAUGUGUUGAGCUUCCUCUUAAACUGAAUCAUCCGUGCCAUCGCAAACAUCCGCUCCUUUUACAGUUUAAUAGCGAUCGGCUCGCUUGCAAGAUAUGUCAAGAAACCCGACGAAGAGGAUUUGUUUAUUGUUGUUCAACUUGUAAGUUUGCUAUUCACAUUGAAUGUGUAUCACCUUCACCCCCACCUAUUAUCGAGGAUAAAAGUCAUCAACAUCCAUUUACCUUGUUUUGGAGAAGAGUUCCAUUCAUUUGUGAUGCUUGUGGCACCGAGGGAAAUCAUGUUGCAUAUACGUGUGGUACAUGCAGCAUUAUACUCCAUAAAAGGUGCGUUUCAUUACCACGCAUCAUCAAAAGCAAGUGGCAUGAUCGUCGUCUAUUUCACAAAUAUUUCCAGCACGAAGAAGAUUUUAGAACUUCUUAUUGUAUAAUAUGCCAUGAGGAGGUCAAUGCAGAUCAUGGAAGCUAUUCUUGUUCAAAAUGCAAUGUGAUAUUUCUUGUGAAUUGCGUGAUGGAAGAUGAAGAUUCUUAUUCUAUAGUAGAAAAUGAAGACGAUGAAUCUCUUGAUAUAUAUGUUAGUUCCAUAACUAAUGUCCUUGAAUGGAAUGAUACCGGGGAAGCCACACUAAUACAACAUUUCAAGCAUAUUCACCACUUAAUAUUAAGUGACAGAUCGAGAACAAAUGUGAUCAACAUCUUCUUUCUCUCACUCAUCAUGACAAUAACAGUUAUUCAGAAAGUCAUUAUUGUGAUAAUUGUGAAGAAAGUAGAGAUCCAAAACUUUCGCUUUAUCAUUGUGCAACCUGCGAUUUGUCUCUCGAAUGUAGAACGCCCGGAUGCAACUAUAUUGUCCAUGCUGAAUGUCCACGAUAACGAUUUCACUUGUUCAGAUAGUGAGGACAGAGGUGUUGCUGGUUACUGUACUUGGAAACUACCACUUCUCUUUGGGGGCCGGGAAAAACACAAAAUAACACAAGACUCUUUUAAAGAAAUAUUACUAAGAUUGCUCACCAAUCUCCCCUUUUCCAAAUUUCUGCCUUUACUUUGGUUAUUGGAUUUCAAUUUCUGUGCUACAUCAGAAGGAGAUAUGGAGGUGUCAAAGAAUUACUGGCAUCAACAUCCACUUGUGUUGUUGAAUGAAGAGCAGCUCAUCACCCAUCAAAGUGGAGUAAUAGCCGACUGCUCCAGGUGUGGGGAGGUGUCUGCUCCAUGUUUUCGCAGUGCCGAGGACUGCGGUUUUUACGUUCACAAGGUAUGUGCCGGCGCACCUUUUGAGCUUAAUCAUCCUUUGCAUCAGCACCAUCCUCUUGUUCUUAUGCAAACUGCAAAGAACUCCAUUUUCUUGCAUUUGUGA